GUUUUUUUGAAGUUUUUCUCCGAGAUGACAUGUUAUAAUUCUACGCUUAACUGUUUAAUGUCCUACCUAGUGUGUCGGACUGUACCCAUUAAAAUAAAACAGACUCUGUGAGAUGUGUCCUGUGUGUAGUGCGAUUAAAGCGCCUGGCACCUGCGCGGCAGCGCUCUGACCUGGUUACCUUGACAGCGAGAUGCCGGAAGAGCGAGACUGAACGGAUAACAGAUUAAGAGGCACUUAAACACGUUUCAGAAGAGAUACAAAUUAUGUCUUCGCAAAGCGUGAAGACUCAGAAGCAAGAUGCUGAGAACCACUCAAUUAUUAAAUCAAAAUCCAUGUCCAGCAGACAAACAAAAACGGCUGUACGACACCCGCCAGUCUACAGAAUGGCAUCCAAACGCGGACUAAAGACUUGUGAAAACUCCUUAGAAAGGAUGCCAGCAGAGAUCAUUCUCAAGAUUCUCUCAUACUUGGAUGCUGGGUCUCUUUUCUGCAUUAGUUUUGUCAACAAGCUCUUCCAUGAACUGUCCAACAGCAAUUCGAUGUGGUAUCAGUUUUAUAUCCGUGAACAUACCAAAAAGAAGAAAGCCAACCAAGAAGACCAUAUGGCAGGUGUGCAGGAGAGGCCUAAGGGAUACUGGAGAAACACAUUCUUCAAAGAAAUUGCCGGCUUGAAUGUGAACAAGUGGAGAAAAAAACUUAAACGCAUCGACCCUUAUUCAGGACUGCCGCAUCAUACAGAGGAAGUCUUAAGGAGUCUGUGCAUUACAUGGGAGAUCACAGUGACUGAUGGGAGAGGACGGCGGAGCACCUUUGAGCAGUCUCAUGCCUCCUUCAGCAGUACGGCUGUGUUUGUGUUCUGGGGCGCUGUCAGUUGGCCUCCUUUCAACCAGCUCACCUCGCUUGAGCUUCGUGGAGUGUCACGGGUACCUCUCGAUUGUCCUGCUCCUUACAGGCCGGGCUGGAAAUCGGAUAUGUCAAAAAUAAAGCUUCAAGGAGAACACAGUGAGUUGUGUGUUGCAGACAAGAUUAUCAAGAUGCUAUAUGUUGGACAGGGCGUCACUUUGGGAUUCUGGCAGGACCAAUGUGGAAUUGCUUUUGUCAUAGUGAACUUGCACAAUCACAGGCUUGUGGAAAGAAGUCUUCAUGCAUCCGUUAGUCCACGUACAGCAACUGGAGUCAGUGCUUUGUUUGAUGAUGUGGACCCGGAGUAUGGUCUCCAUGGAUACAGUGCUUACAUUGAACUGCACAAUACAGUGAGAGUCAUCAUGUCUGACCGUUUUUCCCAGCUGUUUUGCAGGAGAGAUCAGAUUUCUGAUGGUUAUCUUCCACUGGAAGUGAUCAGUGAGAAUAAGAGAUCCCUAAAUACUCAAUUGGUUGGAGAUGUCAGCUUGCCUUGGAGGACUGAAGCUUUACAUGGAACUAUCAAGGACUGUUGCAUGAUCAACCUCACUGUAUGGGAUGAAGCCAAGCAGCCUUUUUGGUGUGUCAGUGCUCCUGUUGUCAUGACAAAAGCAAAUCAGGACACGGUAUCAUACGAUUUUGGUGGCGAGAGAUUCUCCAUUCUAUACCAAGACUCAGAGGGAAGGGUGGAGAUGAGGCUGAAGCAGAUGGAGUAUAAGGAACAGUAUUUUGUGGUUAAUCUAGUGAUUUACAUUUCUGUCGCCAAAGUGAAUAAGCACUUUGGGAGAGAUUAUUGAAGCCUUCACGUGCCAUUUCUGUUUACAUGAAGACCGUUUUAAUAUAUUUGACUUAAGAACAAGCAGGGCAGCUGCAAAUUAGUCAGUAACUUAUGGCAAGAUUAAACUCCUGUCACAAUUAUAGUGCUUAGCUUUUCAGGUUAAUUUUUUUGACUGAAUGUUUCUAUACGCUUUAUUAUCACCAAACAUUUUAAUCCACAUUUUCACAUAUCAUUAGAUUUUAAGGAUAUAAAAAUGAGCUUGUUACAAAGAGAGGGAUUUUCAUGUCAAGUUAGAUAAAAUCUAAGUAAUGAAAAAAAGAAAAGAAAGAAAAAAACUUGCAUGGAAUCAAGAGCUAAAGAAUAAAAACGGACCUUUAAGCU